UCCAGCCUGCGGAGGAGGCUGUUGUAGACGGUGUGCGAUUUGAGGCUCUUUUUCGCGCUCCGAUAAGUUUUCAAAAUGACAUCCUUGUUGACUUGUGGCAUGAAAGUCCUCCCUACCAUCAUUCCAUGGGCAGCCAGAUUCUCUUUGAGAUCUCUCAGCUGCUCAUCCCAAUUAUUUGUAACAGCUCAGCCUAAAAGUAAGAAAACUCUAGCUAAAAAUGGGGUGAAGAAUAUUGUAGUGGUGGAUGGUGUUCGCAUUCCAUUUUUGCAGUCCUGGACCUCGUAUACAGAUUUAAUGCCACAUGACUUGGCCAGAGCAGCACUGAUAGGCUUGCUGAAUCGGACUGACGUGCCAAAGGAGGCUGUUGAGUACAUAGUGUUGGGCACCGUUAUCCAGGAAGUGAAAACAAGCAAUGUUGCAAGAGAGGCUGCCUUGGGAGCUGGCUUCUCUGAAAAAACUCCUGCUCACACUGUCACCAUGGCUUGCAUAUCUUCCAACCAGGCAAUGACAACUGGGGUUGGCCUCAUUGCAUCUGGCCAGAUGGAUGUGGUAAUUGCUGGUGGUGUUGAACUGAUGUCGGAUAUUCCUAUCAGGCAUAGUCGGAAGAUGAGGAAGACUAUGCUUGGUCUUACAAGAGCAAAAAGCUUAGGCCAGAGGUUGUCCCUGAUCUCCAAAAUCCGUCCUGAUUACUUUGCACCUGAGCUCCCUGCAGUGGCAGAAUUUUCCACCAACGAGACCAUGGGUCAUUCAGCUGAUCGCCUGGCAGCUGCAUUUGCUAUAUCACGUUUGGAGCAAGACGAAUAUGCUCUCCGGUCACACAGUCUCGCCAAGAAGGCACAGGAUGAAUCACUUCUCACAGAUGUGGUAGCAUUCAAAGUGCCAGGGAAGGACACUGUAGUGAAGGAUAAUGGAGUCCGACCCUCUUCGUUGGAGCAGAUGGGUCGACUGAAAGCUGCUUUUAUCAAACCAUAUGGGACUGUGACAGCUGCCAACUCUUCUUUCCUGACUGAUGGAGCAUCAGCAGUCCUCUUGAUGUCUGAAGAAAAGGCUUUGGCGAUGGGGUACAAACCAAAAGCCUACCUCAGGGAUUUUGUAUUUGUAUCCCAGGACCCAAAGGAUCAGCUUCUGCUUGGGCCUACGUAUGCUACUCCCAAAGUUUUGCAAAAAACUGGCCUAACAAUGGCAGACAUUGAUGUGUUCGAAUUUCAUGAAGCAUUUGCAGGACAAAUUUUAGCAAAUCUCAAAGCCAUGGAUUCAGAUUGGUUUGCCCAGAACUACAUGGGCAGAAAGUCAAAGGUUGGAGCUCCUCCCCUGGAAAAAUUUAAUAACUGGGGUGGAUCCCUGUCAUUAGGACACCCCUUUGGUGCCACUGGCUGCCGUUUAGUAAUCACGGCUGCCCACCGAUUGAAGAAGGAAGGGGGGCAAUAUGGCUUAGUGGCAGCGUGUGCCGCUGGAGGACAGGGCCACGCAAUGAUUGUUGAGCUUUAUCCACAGUAAAGAAGUGAAAAUCGGCAUGAGGGAGUUUGCCUGUGAUCUUCGAGACAACUAAUAUAGUAACAAUACACCAAAAAGUGUCUCUGGACUUUCCUAGAAAGGACUCUCAGUGGCUUUUGUUAAUAUUUUCUAGUGCCUUCAAGAAUUUGUUUUACAGCAAACAGAUAAGGCCACACAAGUUUUAUCUGGAUAUUUAUGUCAAUAAAGGUUUUCUGCCACUUAACAAUAUGUAACUACUUUUUUCCUCCAUGAGAACAGUAUUGUAAGUUGGCACGCUCUGUUCUGCAAAGUUGUCUGGUAGUAAGCGAUAAAGCAAAAUUUGCUGUGAAAAGAGAAUAGUUCCUAACAGUUUGGAAGUGAUUUGCAUGACAUCACGGCUUUGAGGUUUUUAAAAAAGGAAAAGCCCUAGUAGAGAGAAAAUAAUUUACGAUGUUCCACACAGUAUUUGUCUGACAUCAGCCUUAAUAAAUGAGAAAGAAGACUGGAAUGUACGUGUCGCUGAUUCCUGUGAGAAUGUCCCUGUUUUAGGAUGCAGAAGAGCUGUAGCUUCUCAGAUAUUUGCUGUUUCAGCAGAUCUGCUUUUUGGUACUUUUCCCUUCUGCUGCCUUAAUAGCAGCACAUACCUGCUUAACAAUCUUUUUAAACUCAAAUGUGUGAAUAUAUCUCUUCUCCCCACCCCACCCCCUGCUUCCAAAAGCUGUCACUUCAGGGUAGAAUGGGGGGUAGGUAUUAGUGACUGAUGUGACUUCCACACUUACAGAAUUGUCCUCCCCAGAAGAAAAUUGUGGUGCUGGAAAAUAAAACUGACCUAGAUUUUAUCAUAUAUGUAGCCAUUUCUGUAAAACCAGCGCUGUGGUCAGACUUCUGCCCAAUAUCCAGAGCUAAGUAUUAGAUGGAAUUAGAUCAUGCUAAAUGAAAAUCAGGUCAGUGGCUUAGCAUGAUGUGUGAACCUAGCUGUUGCAUGUGGGAAUGUCUAGAUUAAAGCAGAGUUGCACAGCUUUAGGUAGGAUUAAAUGUUCCCUUCCACCCCACACUCCACCCCCAGUCUUGGAUGUCUUGUCCCAGUAUUCCUCCAGAAGAAUAGAGAAAUUAUUAAGUACACAAAUACCAAUAUUAACUUUAUUUAAUUCAAUAUAAUGCUUAUUAAAUUAACAUGAACUCAGA